AUGGCUCACACAACCUUCCCUUUGAACUUACCCAUCCCUCAGGAUGACGGAGCGUGCUCGCACUUGAGAGGGUCGCAGAUAUCUUCGGUAUGCUUGGUGUCGACUGCUGGCGACUGGCUAGAUGUUGCAACCUGUUCAGGCCUGACUAUCCUCUUCUGCUAUCCGCGUACUGGCGCACCUGGUGAAACAAUCACAGAAGAUUGGAACUCCAUACCAGGAGCACGAGGCUGUACACCUCAGGCGUGCAGCUUCCGCGAUGAGAUGGCCCAACUGCGCGACCUCGGCGUAAAGCAUGUAUUUGGAUUGUCGACUCAGGACACUGCAUACCAAAAAGAGGUCAAAGACCGGCUGCAUCUACCCUACGAACUGCUUUCGGACGAGAAUCUACAAUUUGCUAAUGCCCUCAAGUUACCCACCUUCACCUGGAAGAACCAGACACUGAUCAAGAGAUGUGCGCUGGCUGUCAAAGAUGGAAUCAUCAUCAAAAUCUGGUACCCUGUCUUCCCUCCCGAUAGUAACGCAAAAGACGUAGUGGAGUGGCUCGCAGGCAGAAAAUAG